AUGCGAGUGGUCAUGCUUUUCAUUCUUCUUUGCAUCAAGCUCGGAUUCCCCAAAUUCUUCAAGUUUUACGAGUUUCUCAAGAACCGCUUUCAACCUUUCCGCCGCAAUCCCAAGCGCAAGAGCAAGAAGACCAAGAUCGUUCGCUUCGCAGAACCGAAAAAGAACGGACGACAACUCAAGUUCUACCAAAGCACCUCUUUGUCAACAAUGAGAUUCUACAAUCGCACCGCGGAGCUCGAGUACUACCGCAACGGCAUGCGUAACAACCCACCCACCGAUACCGAGAUGUGGGCUUCUUUGUUCAUCGUAUGCUCCUUUAUUAGCGUCAUCAUCGUCUGCAUCAUGUUACCGCAUGGAACCUGGUUCCAGUGCGUCUCUGGAGCCAUCUUACUCUAUCUCUUCUGCCAGGUUGUGGUUAGCUAUGUUAACUGCGAGUAA